AUCCGUUCCAAGUAUCUCCCCUCUUGCGCCUCCUCUCGACUCUUCCGUUUAGUGCCCACCGAAAUCUUUCUACCACCCACGUUCCGGCAUCCAUGGCUCGUCUGUUCGCGGCGCGAGCCCUUACGCUGGCCCGCCCCUCGGCGGCGCCAUCCGCCCUCCGCUUCUGCCCCUCCCGCGCGCUGUCGGACAAGGUGGACUUCAUCGAGAUCGACCUCUCCGAGGAGUCCCCUUCCUCUUCAUCCGGAGGAGGAGGCGCGGGCGACCCCGCCACGGUUCAGGCGCAGAUGGGGUCGCGGCGCCUGGAGGACGCCAUCCAUGGGGUGCUCGUGCGGCGGGCGGCGCCUGAAUGGCUCCCCUUCGUGCCGGGGGCAUCCUACUGGGUCCCGCCGUUGCCGCGGGCGCUCGGGGUGGCGGAGCUUCUCAGCUCGGCUAUGCACAUCACGAGGGGCGCCGAGGCGAUGACGGAGGAGGAGGCAUUGAGCUUCACUACCGUGCGGGGGUGGCCAUCCGCGGCGUACUUUGUGGCAGUGUCAAGCAUUGGAGAUCUUUUAUCUAACGUUCUGAAGUGGCUUCCUGUUAUAAAAGGGACAUUCUGAAACGGCUCCUACUGAAGAGGCAGCUGGGGACAGUGAAGGUCUUCUGAUGGGUUGUAGUUAUAACUUAUAGUAAUAGACAGCUAGGGAGCCCCUGCAACAAUGGAUCCCCUCAAGCUGUCAAGCAUCUUCGGAUGGUGUGCUCACAGCUGGUAAAAUGACACUGGUUCAAUCUUAUGUAUUUGCAGAACCCGGUGCGCUAGCACCUGGACAUGGUGGGUGUAUGGUCCACGGAACCCAGCCGUGGCGCAUAAUGUAAUAGAGUUUGUAGUUUGUACUUUGUACCAUAUUUUCCCUCUUGAAUAAAGGCAUGUGUUACGCUG